GUGACAAAUGAUGAAGCCUAUUCUAUAAGUAUAUUUGUUACACUAAAUGAUUUUUAACCCUCAGCUCUAUUUCAUCUUAAAGGUUUGAAACUUCGAAGCUAGUGAAAUGUCCUUAAAACAAAUGUGACCGUCGUAAUCAUGAGCUACGACAAGGAAGCCGCCGGGGAGGUCAACAAAGCUUUGACAACAAUCUCUGCAAGCUUCUCGUUAUUAGGAACAUUUUUGAUAAUUGCAACAUUUUUAGCGUGGAAGGACUUUAGAUCAAAUUCCAGGCGAAUAUUGGUGUACAUUUCCAUCGCUGAUUUCCUCAUAGCGGGAGGAAACUUACUCGGAGUAUGGCUGGUAGACGAGAAUAACAACGCGUGUAAGGCUCAGAGUUUUAUUUCAACAUGUGCCUCGCUUUGGUCGUUUUUUUGGACGGUUUUUCUUGGCAUAUAUAUGUACACUGCUGUGGCGAGACAACGGGGUAACAAAGCCGAUGAAAUGAUGAAAUUUUUCCACAUCAUUGGAUGGGGUCUCCCUCUGGUUAUUGUAAGUGUUGCGCUUGGACUUGGAAAGUUGGGCCAAGAUCAUGUAGAUAGUGCUGGCUGGUGCUGGAUUGACGGGCGUUUGAAGAAAGGAGAGAAAGAAAUAUGGAUGUUAUUCACAGGAAAAGCCUGGGAAAUAACUGCUUAUUUUCUUUGCUCAAUAUUUUACCUGAUGUUAAAGUGUCGAAUUCGCAAGGAGAUAUAUAAUGAGAAAGCGCAGUUUUCAUCUCCUCAGUCAAAGGAAGCUGCCAUAAAAGCCGAAAAAAGAUUGAUGCUAGUUCCAGUCACGUUCAUUUUAAUUCGCAUUUGGGGAACACUUCGCUUCAUCCUUUACACUUUCGCUGGUGUUCACAGUUUGAAUACAACUUACGGAACAGUAUUUCUUUAUCUACAGGGAAUUGGUGACAGUAGCCAAGGCUUUGCAAACUUCUUACUGUUUUGCUUCUUCACUGAAAAAUUCCAAAGUUGUCUAAAUUAUAGCGUUCAGAAACUUUCGCUGAAUUGCAAGAGAUCAUUCACCCCUUCAUCGAUGGUGGAACUCGAAAUAUCUAGCCAAAAAACACGUAGUAUCCAGUCAACAGAUGAGAGGUCAUAUCUACUGCCUAAACCAGACAUCGAAAGAGGUCCUUAAUUGUGUUUGCAUUACAUUUUGGUUCUCACGUUAUCACAUCAUCAGAACUUGGAGUGUAGGAAUUAAUGUACGAGGGGAAAAAAGGAAGAUAAACUAAACGUUGAAACUCAAACGAAGGCAAAGCGUUAGCUUUACGUACUUAUAAGAUACACUUUUGCCGGUACUCUUCCAAAAGUA